AUGGAUUUAAUCCUAAGCAACUUUAUCACUGAUGCUCCAUCGGUUGUUUUAAAGGCAGACAAACCGAGUAGUGAUUGUACCAAAUCCAUCCCUCAUCCGUCAACAAAUCAGCAGUCCACAGGGCAUCACACGAACGGAGCCACAGACACUGCAUCAAGUAUUGGAAAAAAUACGGAGAAUAAAAUUCCACCGACUGGGCUAAAGGUUGUUUCGAAAUCAUCCAGUUCGGCGGAUGUCGAACUCCCGAAGAUCGCCACUUCGACUCGGUCAGAUAAGCAAACGAAGAAAAAGUACACUAAAAAAGACCUGCCGACUGAUGCUCAUAAAGAUUCAUCGUUGUUACGGAACUAUAAGCGCGAUGAAACUCAUCUUAAAGUAGAAUUGCCGGCGGUACCGCUACCACAGGAGAAGUUGUUCAGCGAAGAGCCUAUUGAUUCGCUUGAAAUUCAUCCGCACUCGAAGAAAAAUAUAGUCGAUCUGCUGAACUAUAAAACCCUUACGAUGGUACAGGCCAUGGCUAUUCCACGACUGCUCAAAGGUCACGAUGCUCUUAUCCGGGCACAAACAGGGUCCGGGAAGACUUUCGCCUACGCAUUACCUCUCGUCGAGCAGUUGCACAACAUUCGACCAAAAAUCAACCGAACCGGUGGUGUUUUGGCAAUAGUGAUCGUUCCAACGCGUGAGCUUGCCUUGCAGACUUACGAAUUUUUACUAAAGCUGUUGAAACCAUACACAUGGAUUGUCCCCGGAUAUUUGUGCGGGGGUGAAAAGCGGAAAACUGAAAAAGCGAGAUUGCGAGCGGGCAUAAAUAUACUGAUCGCUACUCCUGGCCGAUUUUGCGAUCACAUACGUAAUACGAAAUCCCUGACGCUUACAUGUGUCCGUUGGGUUAUAAUAGAUGAGGCCGAUCGGCUAUUUGAAUUGGGUUAUGAGAAAGACGUCAAUGAGAUAGUAAAUGCAAUCCACAGUGUACAAGGUUCAGAGUCUGAUGAAACGGCGGGAUCCUUACAGACCGUGCUUUUGUCUGCCACACUAAGCGCUUCAGUUAAAGAGCUGGCUGGGCUAGCUUUGCGCAAUCCCACGUACGUUGAUACAAGCAAGCUCAAUGAUGAACAGCAUGACACGAGUGUUAAAGCGGAUGGAAUAUUCGAUAACAGUAACGACCAACUGCUGAACGUUGAUCAGUAUGCCUCGAUACCGGCGACAGUGAAACAGCGGUUUCUCGUCGUACCGCCUAAAUCGCGACUAGUCGCGUUGAGUGGAUUGAUAGCCCUCGAACAGCACCGCAAACCAUCGAAAUUGUUAGUUUUUAUGGCGACACAGGAUUUGGUUGACUUUCAUUACGAUGUCAUGGUUGAGGUACUCACGGUACAAAAAUUCGCUGGUUCGGGUAGCAAAAUUAGAACCAAUACAGACACCGAGAGGAGUACGACGACUGGAACAAGCGAGGACUCGGACGGUAAAGUGUUGUUGCCUAAUGUAACUAUUUUUAAACUGCACGGCCGCAUGACCCAAACCGAGCGUAGUGGGGUAUUCCAGGCGUUCCGGAAUGCGAACGCGUCCGUGUUACUCUGCACUGAUGUGGUAGCUCGUGGCAUCGAUAUUCCAACCGUGGACGUAGUAGUACAGUUUCAUGCACCACAGGUACUAGCCGAUUAUGUCCACCGUGUCGGUCGAACAGCACGUGCCGGGGAAUCGGGUAAAGCAGUACUAUUCGUCGAGGCUGCAGAAAUGGAAUACAUUCAGUACCUCGCCAACAAGCACAUCAGGAUACAAGAGCAAAAGAUAGAUGGUAUGUUCAUGAUUCUUGGGCAGCUCAUGAAAUGUGGAGCGAAGAGGCUGACUAAAAACAAGGAGCAAGCUGUAAUCGAUUUGCAGCAUCGAUAUGAACGGUUGAUUGGCGAAGAAGAGCAACUAACCACAAGUGCCACUAAAGCAUUUUUUUCUUGGGUUCGAUAUUAUUCGAAUUUCCCGAAGGAACUUCGGCACAUCUUUGCCGUCAAAGCUAUUCACAUGGGGCAUCACGCGACAAGCCUGGGUCUGCGUGAUUCACCGUCGCAGCUUAUGCAAACCCAUACUCGGUCAAAGCAGGAAAAAGGUAAUUUGUCAGGAUCUAAACCAAUGGGACGGAAACAGCCAUUGAAGCGCCGUACCGGACAAGGUUUUCCAAAGCAAGCUGCAGGCUCAAGGACCGCAAGAAAUAUGUUGCCAUCUCGACGCGGCGGAAAUCUUACUAAUGGAGCUAGUACGUUUAAAAUGGAUACACUAGACGAAAGCGGCAUGACAAAACGGUCUCGCAUGCUCUACACAUCUGAGUUCGCAAGUGGACUCGGGCCACCUCGCAAGAAGGCUAAACAAGCAUAAAAUGGUUAUCAUAUCCUUUUUCGAAUUAGAACACGGAGCAGAACUGUGCUCGUCU